AUGGAAGGGUUUGACAAGCUGUAUGGGGAUUUGCCGUAUCGGAAUCGUAUAAUUGUAAAACAGCCAGAUACUGGGGGUGGACUAGCCAUGUUAUGGAAGACUGAUGUGGAUAUUGAUCUAGUAAACUUCACUGCUAAUCAUAUUCUAGUAAAGGUAAAGGAGGAAGAUGGCUUCUUGUGGUAUUUGUUAGGCUUUUAUGGUUGGCCGGAUCAAGCCCAACGUGCAAAAUCUUGGGCACUUCUUAACCAUUUAAGGACAUUGGUGGAUGGCCCGUGGCUAUGUAUUGGGGACUUCAACGCUAUCCUUCACUCUUCAGAGAAGCUGAGUAAGAGACCUUGUCAAAUGAGCCAAGUAGAUUCUUUUCGGGAUGCACUGGAUGAUUGUAAGCUUGAAGAUUUGGGUUACCAUGGCUACCCUUAUACCUGGAACAACAAAAGACCAGGUGAAGCUAAUACAAAAGUACGAUUAGACCGAGCUGUAGCAACAAAGGAGUGGAGAGAUAGAUUCCCUUUAAGCAAACUUUGCCAUCUUUCCCCACAUGCCUCGGAUCAUCUCCCUAUUCUUCUUCAAACAAAGGGUUAUUCAAAGCAUAGAGCAAAUGGGGGUGGAGGUUUUAAAUUUGAGGAAGCUUGGCUUAUGUGGGAAGAGUGUGAUGCCGUGGUGGAGAAUGCAUGGACUAUGCAUGGGAAUAAGGGGUUCGGGUUAUCACAAGUAAAACAGAAAAUUGAUGCAUGUGGGAUGGAACUAAAGACGUGGGGUGCUGGAAAAACAAACCCGGACAAGGAAGCUAUCAAACAGCUACAAAAAAGACUUGAUAUUUUGAAUUCAGGGGAGACCACAAAAGCUUCUAGAGAUGAGUACUUGGCUGUUUCAAAAACUUUGGAUGAUCUAUUACUCAAACAGGAAAUAUUUUGGGCUCAAAGAUCAAGAAUAUCAUGGCUCAAGCAUGGGGAUAAAAACACAAAAUUUUUUCAUGCCUAG